ACGGAAGUGCAGAAUUUAGCGCGAACUGUUUAAGAUGGCGAGUAGCAAAGUAAAGGUUAAAGUUUCUUCAUCUUUCAAAAUGCGGGGUCUAGUGCUUAGACCCGAGGCCAGUAGGUACCUUGUGGAGGUUCUGGUGUCGGUCAGUGAUCUGGAACUCGAAGAUGUGAUCGAACGCAUCACCGAUGUUGUUGAAAAGCAGCCCUUGACCUCUAAUAUGAUCGAGCUGUCGAUGGUCGAGUCUGCUGUCCAGGAAUGCAGUCAGUCUUGUGAUGAAACCAUAGACCACGUCUUCAAUAUCAUUGGAGCGUUUGAUGUACCCCGAUACCUCUACAGUUCAGAAAGGAAGAAAUUUGUACCCAUUGCUAUGACCAGCCAUCCUGCACCAAAGAUAUGUGGGGCAGCCAGGGACAAGGCUGAACUGUUCAGGGAGCGCUACACUAUCCUGCAACAAAGAACUCACAGACAUGAACUGUUUACACCUCCGGUCAUCGGCUCAGAUCCUGAUGAGGGCAGGAACAAAUUCCAGUUGAAGACAGUGGAAGCCCUGCUAGGCAGCACAGCUAAGCUUGGGGAAGUCAUUGUUCUGGGUAUGAUCACACAGUUGAAAGAGGGAAAGUUCUACCUGGAGGACCCCACAGGCACAAUCCAGCUGAACCUCAGCAAAGCACAGUUUCAUAGUGGAUUAUAUACUGAAGCUUGUUUUGUUCUAGCAGAAGGGUGGUACGAAGACGCUGUGUUUCAUAUCAAUGCUUUUGGAUUUCCACCGACUGAGCCCUCCAGCACAACAAGAGCUUACUAUGGCGAUGUGAAUUUCUUCGGCGGUCCCUCUCCCGCGUCGGUGAAGUCCUCGGCGAAGCUGAAGCAGCUGGAGGAGGAGAACGAAGAUGCCAUGUUCGUCUUUGUGUCUGAUGUGUGGCUGGACAGCGUGGAGGUGCUGGAGAAAAUCCACACCAUGUUCUCGGGUUACUCAGCAAUGCCACCAACCUGCUUCAUUUUCUGUGGAAACUUCUCUUCUGCCCCCUAUGGAAGAAACCAGAUACAAGCUCUUAGAGAUUCACUGAAAGCCUUAGCAGAUGUCAUCUGUGAAUACCCCAACAUCCAUAAAAGCAGUCGAUUUGUGUUCGUUCCCGGUCCCGAAGAUCCGGGUCCCAGUACAAUUUUACCCAGGCCCCCGCUGGCAGAGCACAUUACAGAGGAGUUUAGACAGAAGGUGCCGUUCUCUGUGUUCACAACGAAUCCUUGCAGAAUUCAGUACUGCACCCAAGAAAUGGUUGUGUUCCGGGAGGACCUGGUGAACAAAAUGUGCAGGAACUGUGUGCGUUUUCCAAGCAGCAGUUUAGACAUCCCUAAUCAUUUUGUGAAGACGAUCCUGUCGCAAGGGCACCUCACCCCGCUGCCGCUGUACGUCAGUCCGGUGUACUGGGCGUUUGAUUACACCCUGAGGGUCUAUCCACUGCCAGAUGUCAUUGUUUUCGCAGACAAAUACGAUCCUUUCAACAUCACCAACACAGACUGCCUCUGCAUUAACCCUGGGUCCUUCCCUAGAAGUGGCUUCACUUUUAAAGUGUAUUACCCAUCCAACAGAAGCGUUGAGGACAGUAAACUUCAGGGUCUUUAGUGUUGAGUGCCUUCAGAAUUGCCCCGAAAUUCAAACUGUGGAAGACGUCCUCCCUCCUGCUUUUCUGUAUUUAUUGUAGCUGUGUAAUAAUUCUGUAUAAAAUGUCAGGUUAUUUUUGUGUUUUUAGCAAUGCUUACAGUUUAAAUGUAAGAAAUGUGUUCCCCUGCACCCCCAAGUUCACAGCAUUGUAAUUCUGUUUCUAAUCACAGACUCCAUUCCAUGUUCCUUUGACAUUUAUGUUUUUAUCCAGACACAACGACAAAUGGAAAGAAUAAUGUAUUAAAUAUCAUACAGUUUUUAUAUGUCUGUGUUUUCUUUAAUAAAGUGUGUUUU